AUGACCUGUGCGUAUUUCCGAUUCCGAGAGCGGAAGAUUAGCGCGAGAUCCGCUAGUCCUAAAGAGGGAAAGUCCGAACGAAAUACGCGCCAUGUGGGGGUCAACCCAGGCACCAAACCAGCUCCCAAAAACACAUCACAACAAGACAAAUCAACACAUCCGUGGACCGCGGCCAAACUCCACCGCCACUCUGAACUGAUGUCCUGCUUGAGCAACUCCCGAAAACUUGAACCAACCAGCAAGGAGAGGGCCGCGAAAAACAAACUUCGGGCGGGGAUCAAUGCAAGUAGAAAUACCUUGCGAGAGCUGGUCCAUCGGUGCUUAGUUCUGGUGUUUGCUUCUUCGCAUUCCGAGUCGAGAGAUUCUUCCCGCUGCAGCCAGUUUCCCCUCUGCAUCCUCAUGCAAAUAAGUUCCUCCCUAGCUUGUGUUGCUCUCGCUCCAUUCCUCGGUCUAUCUCGAGCUGCUGCCGUCUACCAUUGGCCCAUUGAGUGGUCCCGCCCCUGGAUUUGA